AUGGCACGCUCUUCAACGAGAUACUCUGAUAUCAACGAUGGCGCCUCAUCGUCAGCAACGCUUCUUGGUGAAUGUGAUGUUGAACAUGGCGUAGAAGAACGAGAAUACACCCCUGACACCAGCCGAAACUCGCAGCCGAGUACCACACAAUGGGUACUAGUCCUAGUCGCCUCGAUCCUAUGCACCAAUGCUAUAAGCAUCCUCAUAGUUUCUCGGUCGGUGCCAUCUUGUCCCAGCCACAACAGCCUGAGUGUGUUCGAGCCUCCCGAAGGCAUUCCGCCGUUCUUCAACAACAUUUCGCUUGCCUUGAGACCAGAAAGAAUUUAUUCGCCGUUUUACGACCGUGAGGAUAACAUCUACCGGAAACACAACUCGCCAGAGACCGAGGCCGCCUGGCGUGAGCUGACACAGCUUGAUCACUGUGUUGAGUACCUCCGCCGGCGUCUGAUGUGCACCUCGGAUAUGGGCAUUCUGCCCUACAUGUGGCUUGGCAUGGAAGGAGACGUGGUAGGAGACAUGUCGCGCAUGUACACAUGCCGCGACUACGACUCGGUGCGGCGUUUUGUGAAAGACAAUGCAGAACUAGCUGAGGGGAGGGUCAAGCCAAAGCCUGGAGAUUAUGUCUUGUGGGACUACAUCUAA